AAGGCAAGCAGAGUGCUGGUAGCAUCCCGUAAUUUUGCAAAUGAUGCUACAUUUGAAAUUAAGAAAUGUGACCUUCACCGACUGGAAGAAGGCCCUCCUGUCACAACAGUGCUCACCAGGGAGGAUGGGCUCAAAUACUACAGGAUGAUGCAGACUGUGCGCCGAAUGGAGUUGAAAGCAGAUCAGUUGUAUAAACAGAAAAUUAUUCGUGGUUUCUGUCACUUGUGUGAUGGUCAGGAAGCUUGCUGUGUGGGCCUGGAAGCCGGCAUCAACCCCACAGACCAUCUCAUAACAGCCUACCGGGCUCACGGCUUUACCUUCACCCGGGGCCUUUCCGUCCGAGAAAUUCUCGCAGAGCUUACAGGACGAAAAGGAGGUUGUGCUAAAGGGAAAGGAGGAUCGAUGCACAUGUAUGCCAAGAACUUCUACGGGGGCAAUGGCAUCGUGGGAGCGCAGGUGCCCCUGGGCGCUGGGAUUGCUCUAGCCUGUAAGUAUAAUGGAAAAGAUGAGGUUUGCCUGACUUUAUAUGGCGACGGUGCUGCUAACCAGGGCCAGAUAUUCGAAGCUUACAACAUGGCAGCUUUGUGGAAAUUACCUUGUAUUUUCAUCUGUGAGAAUAAUCGCUAUGGAAUGGGAACAUCUGUUGAGAGAGCAGCAGCCAGCACUGAUUACUACAAGAGAGGCGAUUUCAUUCCUGGGCUGAGAGUGGAUGGAAUGGAUAUCCUGUGCGUCCGAGAGGCGACAAGGUUUGCUGCUGCCUAUUGUAGAUCUGGGAAGGUAAGGCUCUAAAGGCCUCUGGGCUAAUGACAUUUAUCUCUGGAAGUUCAAAGACUGCCUCC